UUUAAUAUAGUUUAUAGUAGUUUUAUUUUAUUAAAUUAACGAGUUUUAUGAAUAAUAUUAUUGUCGUAAAAUGGCCAAAGCGUAUCCUUGGAGUUGCUGCAGGUUUUGUCUUAGUGAACAGUCUCUACACCAGAUAUUUACGCGGGCGGAGCACAGUGAAAAGUAUUCUAAUGUGAUACACGCAACAACGGGUGUUAAAGUAGAAAUAAAUGAUUUACUACCACAAGAAAUGUGUACAGCAUGUAUUGAAUUUGUUAACGAAUCAUUUAAAUUCCAAAAACGCUGUGAAUACGCACAAAAUACACUAAUAAAAUGCAAUUUGGACGGCAUCAAACCUGAACGUAUUACUAACAUAAAAACUGAACAUAGAAACACUGAAAUAGACAUAUCAGAGUUAUUACCUGAUGAUGAUUUUAAAGAUUACGAUGAUAAUAUAACUCUAGAUAUAUUAAAUACAUAUGAAAAUUGUAAAAAAGAAAAUCAAAGUGAUACUAAACCGACUAAAAUUAUCAAAACUAGAAGCAAAAAGAAUGGUAGUGUUAAAAGUAAAAGAACAAUAAAGAAGACUGAGGAUGAAGGAGAAGGUACAAAGAAGAAGGAAGUGAUUGAAUGUGAAUUUUGUCAUAAGAUAUUAACAUCGAAGCUAUCAUUACGCAACCAUUAUAAAAUACACACAGGAUUUGAUGUUGUUUGUGAGCAUUGUGGCAAGAAAUUUAUUACUCGACGACUCUUGCUGAUGCACUGUCGAGCUAAACAUGGCUACGAGAAAACAGACAAAUGCUCCUUCUGUGAUUACAAGGCCUCUAAUGCAGAGCAGGUUAAAAUCCAUGAACGUUUGCACACUGGGGAACGUCCAUUCUCUUGUGAGCAGUGCGCUGCUGAGUUCCACCGUAAGAGCAGCUACUUGCAACACAUCGCUAUACAUUUACCCGAGAAGACUGUGCAGUGCAGUCAGUGUCCCGCUCGCUUCAAGUCUUUGACUCUCAUGCGUAUCCACUUGCACCGUCACCGCGCGCCGCAGUACGCGUUCCGUUGCGCGCUGUGCGAGGGCAGGUUCUCGCGGCGGCGGAACGCAGCACGUCAUCUGCAGCGCGUGCACAGCGCAGAGCCACGACCAGAACAUAUACAGCGGGUUAAACUUACUUAAUGUGUCUUAACUUGUAAUGUAAUGUGACUAAGUCGUCUUAAUCAUAUAAUGGGGAUAUUGGGCUAAUUAUGAGUCUUGGAGUAGUUUUGGGGGUCUUGGAUUCAUUUAGGGGUCUUGAUUGCAGUUAUAAGGUCAGUAUUAAUAGAUUUCUUAUCUGAAGAUGCGGAUGUAUACAAUUGAACGUUCAUAAGCGAGAAUCUAAGAAGCCGCGACUUUUUGUCACUUUUAGAAGUUUCACUUUAUUAAUCUGAACUUCUCGCUUAUGGAGGUUGUGCAUCGGGACAAUGAUUUGCUUAUCCAGAUUUCACUGUAUAUUAAUAGUUUCGUUGAUAUUGAAUCUCAUAUAUUUUGGAACAUGUAGUAUUAAAAAGUAUUUAAUGUGAUAUUAGGAAAUAAGUUUAAAUAUAAUACUUGGCAUUUGUAUUAUUUUA